AAAAAUUACUUUGCUCUAUUAAACUAAACUUUUUUAUUUAUGGGUUAGGGUUUAAUCGAAUUUUUUACUUUACUACAAUGUAAACUGAUAGCAAGGCACCAAACUGAUUUUUUUUAUUUUAAUCAAAGCAUUUUUAUUAGAUUGAGUGAUUCGCGCAUGCGCAUUUUUUAAAAAGUUCUGGCGGAAACUUAUUUCCACCUCAAUCUUCCAUUGCAGAAGACGUUGUGAAAAAUAUCAGACCCCACGGCAUUUUGGUAACGUUAAGGAGAGCUGCCACAAGAUCCACUGUGUUCCUGCUGUGCAACCACCAGUUUGGAAGUCCCUCAUCUUAUUGUAUUAUCCAUGUAUGUGGAAAUGUAAACUACAGAAAAACAACAACCGUCAAACAAUAAAAGAAAAGAUGGCAAAGACGUUUGGAUACCGUAGACAAGAAAUAGUGCAUAAGCAGCCGAGCAUUGAAGACAUGUUGACAAGAUGGCCAGCACUUUUUCAGAUGGAAGAGAUUAAUGCUGAGUUCAUGCGGGUGACAACAGUACCCUUGGAGACAAAGUUCUUAGCGCAGUUGGACAAGCACACGUCAAAACUGCUGGAGGUCAUCAGGAGCAAGGGAGGGCGUGUGAAAGAGCUGACCAAGGCAACUUUGCAGGUUUUAGAUGAGACCGUGGACAUCACAAUUAGAAGAGAGUGCAUCUUCAAAUCUUUGAUGAUCUACCUGGGUGAACCUGUUCAUCAUCUCGUUAAAGACUGCCAGGAAAAUGAAGCAGCCAUGGUAAUCGUCAGUGGAAACGAGGACAUUAAAAUCGUCAUUGACGGAACAGAGGUCCUCAGAGAGGUGCCCACAAUAGCAACGGCUGUUGCUAUGUUCUUCGGGCUCACCUAUGUUCUCAACAUAAAAUAUCCCAAAAAUCUGCACUAUACCCUUGAGUUUGUGCAAAAGGUCCUGAUGAAGCUUGGUGGAAAAAAGAUGUCCCCAAAAAUUCAUAGGCUGAGUACCCAGCUUGGCAGCCAAGAGUAGGCACAGUAGAGUUCCACUGUUAGGCCUGAUUUAAUGGCAUUUCUACAACCAAGACUUUGUACCGUUUUAUCUGGGGUUGGUGUUUGAAACACUUGCACAACUACAUUUCUGCUACAGUAUGGACAAAAGAAUCUGCCUAAGGUUUCACAGGCACAAGUGGGUAUUGUGCUGGAGAGCACUGAUUUGUUUAUUGCAGCAUUUUCUGACCAAGAGGAUCAGGAGCUACCUCACUCGUUUGCAAGUUAUGGACUGAGCUGAGGACGUUCACACACAUCACUUUUGAUUUUAAGGAAUAAUUCCUCUCUGACUGUAUUACAUUGCAUUUUCAAAUGGUCACUGUUCAGUGAGAAAAAUGUUCCCAAAUGCUGUUGGUUUACUUGAAAAUGCAUGUCUUCAUUACUGUUUGUGUUUGAGAUGUGAUGGUUGAGAAGCACUGGUUUAUGUUAAUACAAUGAGAUGUUGCUGUUGUAUUUGAGGGGAAAAGACAUCAUUGAGAAGGACUGUUUUUAAGGUGGGACUAUGUUGAAAAAAAUGUUCAUUCAACAAUAAAUGUGUUAAAAAGGAA